AUGGGAAUCAUAGCAACGAAGGACGAUAGUGGUAUAUCCAAUGAAACUCGUCAAAAACGAUCCAGCAAAAGUGUAUUUGAAAAAAGAGACGGACUUGUAACUAUAGACACUUCACUGACCGUAACAAGUUCAACACCAACACCUACAACAACAGAAAAGAGAUCAAGAAGUUCAACACUUCCAGUUUCUAACCUUUUUUCAAGUAGAAGAGAAGAUAACGAAGAUGAUGCAUUCUCUAAAAUGUAUGUCAACAAGGGUAUGAAAAAUAAUGCCUCUCCUCAUUCUCCAAACAGAAGUAGUUCGGGAAGAUUGCAAAUAGGAUCAUCUCUUGGAAAAGACUCUCCGAGUGAGGACGCUUAUUCACCAAUAUUUGGAUCAACCAAUGAUUCAGUUACCAAACUCACAAAUUCACUACUUUUGAGCUCUGACGAAGAAGGUAAUAAGAUGAUUAACGAAUAUACAGUUAUCUCUACAUUGGGAAAGGGAUCAUACGGAAAAGUUAAAUUAGUUUUGGAUAAUAAUAACAAACCUUUUGCGAUGAAAAUUAUGAACAAGGCCAUGUUGAAAAGAGUUAAAAAAGCUGGUGGUGGAAACUUGCUAAUGGACGUUCAAAGAGAAAUUGCAAUUAUGAAAAAACUUUCUCAUCAAAACGUAGUUAGAUUAUUCGAGGUUAUUGAUGAUAGAAAUUCUGAUUUCCUUUAUUUAUUAAUCGAAUAUGCAGAAAACGGAGCAAUUUUAUCCAUGUCAGAAACUAACACUGGAGAAGAAGUUCCAAAACCUUGUAAAUUCAGACUCAAUCAAAUUAGAUCAUAUUUGAAACAAGCUAUUGAAGGAGUUCAGUAUCUUCAGUAA